GCACGGGCAAAUUGUGUCGUACGAAAUUUUGGUGUUCGAAGUUUUUUAAGGGGGAUUACAAGGUUCGAACGCCAAGAUGGCCUAUUCUUGGGACAACCGUGUUAUGUACAUCGUCAGGUAUUUUUACGACAUCGACAACAACGGUUUCCUGGACAAGAACGACUUCGAGUGCCUGGCGGUGCGCAACACCAUCGUCGAAAGCCGAGGAACUUUCCCCGAUGACGUCUUUGCUGGGAACAAGAAGGUCAUGGCUGAUCUGUGGAACGAGCUGGCUGAGUUGGCGGAUUUUAAUAAGGACGGCGAAGUGAGUGCUGACGAGUUCAAACAAGCUGUCAAGACUCACUGUCAAGGCAAGUCAUAUGCCAACUUCCCCACGGCUUUCAGGACCUUCAUUGACAAGCAGUUUAAGACCGUCGACGUGAACGGCGAUGGUGUUGUGGGCGUUGAGGAAUAUAGGCUGGACUGUAUCACCCGGGCUGGUUUCUCCGAUGUGGCUGAAAUCGACGAUGCUUAUAACAAACUCUGCAGCGACGAUGACAAGCAAAAAGGUGGCAUUACCCUGCCGCGCUACCAAGAGCUCUAUGCCCAGUUCCUCUCGAACCCUGACGAGAAGAAUAGCGCGUGCUAUCUCUUCGGCCCAUUGAAGGUGAUAGAGUAACUCCUCUCUCGCGCCCCUACUCUACGCCCACGCCCCAAAGCCCACCCACGGCCUUUUUUUUAUUGAAUUUCCUUUUUCUAUAGUGGGGGAGGGAAAUUAAAUUUAAAAAAAGGG